AUGGCUGAUGCAAUUCUUUCUGCUCUCGCGAGCACAAUCAUGGGGAACUUGAAUUCCCCAAUUCUUCAAGAGCUUGGACUUGCUGGGGGCCUAACGACCGAGCUUGAAAAUCUCAAGCGCACGUUCAGAACCAUUCAAGCUGUGCUGCGAGAUGCAGAGGAGAAGCAGUGGAAGAGUGAGCCUAUCAAGGUGUGGCUCAGCGACCUCAAGGAUGCAGCUUAUGUUGUUGAUGAUGUACUGGAUGAGUUUGCAAUUGAAGCUCAGUGGCUUCUGCAGCGAAGAGAUCUCAAAAACCGAGCAAGAUCCUUCUUUUCUUUUGGUCAUAAUCCACUAGUUUUUCGACAAAGGAUGGCUCAUAAAUUGAAGAAUGUUAGAGAAAAACUAGCUGCCAUUGCCAAGGAGAGACAAAAUUUCCACCUAACAGAGGGGGCUAUGGAGAUGGAAGCAGAUAGUUUUGUUCAGCGUCAGACUUGGUCUUCGGUGAAUGAAUCAGAAAUUUAUGGAAGAGGCAAGGAGAAAGAGGAACUAAUCAACAUGCUGCUCACUACUUCAGGUGAUCUCCCUAUUCAUGCUAUAAGGGGGAUGGGGGGGUUGGGUAAAACAACACUUGUUCAACUGGUCUUCAAUGAAGAAAGUGUUAAACGUAUCAUAACACUGCCUGAAAGUACAACCUCACUCCAAAACCUCCAGACACUAGAUCUGAGACGCUGCGAAAAACUCAUCCAAUUACCAAAAGGUAUGAAGCACAUGAAAAGUCUUGUCUAUCUUGACAUAACGGGUUGUUCUUCACUUCGAUUUAUGCCAGCUGGAAUGGGGCAAUUGAUAUGCCUGCGAAAACUUACCCUGUUCAUUGUGGGUGGGGAGAAUGGUCGUCGCAUAAGUGAGCUGGAAGGGCUGAAUAAUCUUGCUGGUGAAUUGAGUAUCGCAGAUCUUGUGAAUGUUAAGAAUUUAAAAGAUGCCACAAGUGCCAAUUUGAAGUUGAAGAAUGCUCUUUCAUCACUGACUCUUUCUUGGCAUGGUAAAGGAGAUUACCUUUGUAGCCCUGGGUCAUAUGGGCCACCACAAGAAAGAAAGAGGGUUAUUCAGGUAAAUGACGAGGAGGUCCUUGAAGGGCUUCAACCUCAUUCAAAUCUGAAGAAGUUGAGGAUAUGUGGAUAUGGAGGUUCAAGAUUUCCUAAUUGGAUGAUGAACUUGAACAUGACGUUACCAAAUCUGGUAGAGAUGGAGCUAUCAGCAUUUCCCAACUGUGAACAACUUCCACCAUUGGGGAAACUACAGUUGCUCAAGAGUCUUGUAUUACGGGGAAUGGAUGGUGUGAAGAGUAUUGACAGCAAUGUGUAUGGAGAUGGGCAGAAUCCAUUCCCAUCUUUGGAGACGCUGACUUUGGAUUCAAUGGAGGGAUUAGAGCAAUGGGCUGCGUGUACAUUUCCUCGCCUUCGAGAAUUGAAGAUAUUUCGUUGCCCU